AUGUUUACAUUGGUAAAAAAUCACAUAUUUAGAUCCUCCAUAUAUGUUUUUCAGACUUUAAGGAUGGAGUCAAACGUUCCAGGCAGUAUUACAAGGCGAGGAAACUCUAUUUUUCUCUCUGUCCAAGCAAAACCAAAUGCAAGACAAAGCACCAUCACUGACAUAAACGACCAAUAUAUAGGUGUCUGCGUCGCAGCUCCUCCUAGAGAAGGAGAAGCCAACACAGAAUUAUGUGAAUAUUUAUCACAAGUAAUAGGAGUAAAAAAGAGGCAAGUCUCAGUCAAGCCAGGCACACAAAAAUCAAGAAGUAAGAUUGUAGAGGUGGAAACUCAGCUAUCUCCAGACCAAAUUUAUGCAGUUCUAAGAUCAGCUUCUAAUUAA